GCAGGAUUCUUCACCACUGAACCACCAGGGAAGCCCACAAGCCUGGGAAUCCCUGCACUUCACUGCCUCCCAGAGGCCAAAGGAAGAGUUGAGGAAGAAGCCAUGAUGGUGUCCAGGAUGGGGGCCUUGCCUGUCUGGGUCUCAGGCCUCCUGACUCUCCAGAUGCUUCUCUUUGUGGCUGGGGAGCAGGGCCCACAGCACACCACCGCAGCUGCAGCCACUGCUGAGAAGGGGCUCCACAUGCAGAAAGUGGGGUCUGGGUCAGUCCGGGCUGCACUGGCGGAGUUGGUGGCCCUGCCCUGUCUCUUUAGCCUGCGGCCACGGCCAGGUGCAACUCGAGAAGCCCCACGGAUCAAGUGGACCAAAGUGCGGACUGCAUCAGGCCAGCGGCAGGACUUGCCCAUCCUGGUGGCCAAGGACAACGUGGUCCGAGUCGCCAAGGGCUGGCAGGGACGUGUGUCACUUCCCGCCUACCCCCGGCACCGGGCCAACGCCACGUUGCUGCUGGGACCACUGAGGGCCAGCGACUCCGGGCUCUACCGCUGCCAGGUGGUGAGGGGCAUCGAGGAUGAGCAGGACCUGGUGCCCCUGGAGGUGACAGGUGUUGUGUUCCACUACCGAGCAGCCCUGGAUCGCUACUCUCUGACCUUUGCUGAGGCUCAGGAGGCCUGUCGUCUCAACUCAGCCACCAUUGCAGCCCCGCGGCACCUGCAGGCUGCCUUUGAGGACGGCUUUGACAACUGCGAUGCCGGGUGGCUCUCUGACCGCACUGUUCGAUAUCCUAUCACCCAGUCCCGUCCUGGUUGCUAUGGUGACCGUAGCAGCCUUCCGGGGGUGAGGAACUAUGGGAGGCGAGACCCACGGGAACUCUACGAUGUGUAUUGCUUUGCCCGUGAGCUGGGGGGCGAGGUCUUCUACGUAGGCCUGGCCCGCCGCCUGACACUGGCCGGCGCGCGUGCCCAGUGCCGACGCCAGGGCGCCGUGCUGGCCUCGGUAGGACAGCUGCACCUAGCCUGGCAUGAGGGCCUGGACCAGUGCGACCCGGGCUGGCUGGCCGACGGCAGCGUGCGCUACCCGAUCCAGACGCCGCGUCGGCGCUGCGGUGGCCCAGCCCCUGGCGUGCGCACCGUAUACCGCUUUGCCAACCGCACCGGCUUCCCGGCACCUGGAGAGCGCUUCGAUGCCUACUGCUUCAGAGCUCAUCACCCCACAUCCCAACAUGGAGACCCAGAGACCCCCUCAUCUGGAGAUGAGGGGGAGAUUCUGUCGGCAGAAGGGCCCCCUGCUGGGGAACUGGAGCCCAGUCUGCAGGAGGAGGAGGAGGUAGUCACCCCAGACGUACAAGAGCCUCUCGUGUCUAGUGGGGAAGAAGAGUCUCUGAUCUUGGCAGAGAAGCAGGAGUCUCAAGCGACCCCCAGCCGUGCCCCUGGGGUCCCCACAUUAGCCUCAAGUCCUGCCCUGGAGGCUGAGGAGGUGUGGCUGAGCACGGUGGCCCCCAGCCACAGCAGCGUGGAGGCAGGCACUGUUGUGGGCACGCACACAGACAUAGCCCCGGCCAGCACCACGCCCAGGAAGAGGGAGCGCUUUAAAGGGUUGAACGGGCGCCACUUCCAGCAACAGGAACCCCAGCAAGGGCUGAAGGGGGCACUCGAGGCCAGCGUCCAGCCCCCCACCCCAGAGGCUGCUGGGAAUUAUGUGGAGCCUCCCAUGACCACUGGAGCCACAGACGCCUUGGGGAGCGGCCAGAGCCAAAGCCCCUGGGCUGUGCUGACAAAUGAGGUGGAAAUGCCCAGAGCUGGUUCCCUUGGUGGCAGGAGCCCCCAAGAGCCCUGGCUGUGGCCCCCAACCGUGGUCCCACCCAUCAUCCCAGACCCCAGCAGAGCCCUUGGCCUGGAACUAGAAGAAGCCAAGCGCUUUAGUAUGAGACCAGUCACUUCUGACCUGCCCUGGUCUGCCUCGGAGACCACUCCCAACCCAUCCAGUGGCCCCAGCCCUGCCCCCUGGGAGGCUUCUCCCGCGCUCAUUUCUCCAGACCUCCCUGUCGUGGCCAUGCUUCGUGCCCCCAAACUGUGGCUCCUAUCACAGGCGCCUCCUACACCCCUCCCCACUGAGGGCAAUGGGGUCAAGGGGGGGAGUGAGGCCUUGGCCACUGCCCCGCCCUCCUCUGCUUCAGAAAUCGAAGCCAGCCCGCAGGAUCCCAUCCAUCUGGAAGUGUACUCCCUGCCUUCCUCCUCGGGCCUUGCAGGACAAGACAGAGGGCCCACCUCCCUGUCACUCAGCAGCCACAGAGAAGGAAGUCCUCCGGCCCCUUCACAGGCAGCCACAGACACACAAGCUGGAGCCAGUCCCAGCUCCCCUGGAACAGACUUUGGAAACACUAGGGGGGCCAGCCCUACUGAGCUCAGCAAAGCUGAGCACCCCAGAUCCAGCCCACAGGCCUCUGUGGACGGGAGUGUGGUGGCAGAUGCCAUUAUUUCUGAGGCUGCCACUGAGCCCAUGGGAGCCGGAGGCAUCUCGGAGUCUGAGCCUGGGGUCUUCAACACAGCAGAGAGUCCUACUUCCAGCUUGCAGGCCUCCAUUGUCAAGACGCAGGGAAUAUGGGCCUCGCUGCACAGGGAAGGGCUGGACCCCCACUCCCCAUCUGCACCCUUGGGGGUCCCUGAAGUCUCCUUGAUGCCGAAGGUCAGCCCACGUUUGGGGCCUUGGGCUGCUACUGAUGGAGGAGUCACGGUGGAUCCUAUGGACCCCACAGUCACGCUGGGCACCAGCGACGCUGGUGGGCAUUGGGAACCUGGAUCCCACAUGGUGGAGGGAGCAGAAAGCCCCACCUUGAGCCCUCAGAUGGCUGUGGAUGCAAGUGUGGUGACACCCCUCACGUCCUUGGACCUGGGGGACAAGGUCGGGGUCCUGGCCGUGUUCACAGUGGCCUCCUCAAGCUCCCAGCCCCACCCAGAGCCAAAGGGCCAGCUGGUGACCCAGGGAACCCUGGGAGCCUUGGAGCCUCCACAGGAGGGCAGCCUCUCAGGGGACCCCAUUCCUCCUUGGACGCCGACAGCAGCCAACAAGGACGAGCCCAUUUCAGUUUCCUCGGGGGAGCCUACAGUGCCGUGGGACUCCCCCAGCACCCUCCUGCCUGCCUCCCUGGGCCCAGAGGAAUUUGAGCUGGAGGUCCUGAUGGGGAGCCCAGGUGUGGAGAGCUUCUGGGAGGAGGCAGCAAGUGGAGAGGAGCCCGCCCUGCCAGGGAGUCCUGCAAAUGGGAGUGUGGAGGAGGUCCCCUUGGAUCCCUGUGAGAACAACCCUUGCCUGCAUGGGGGCACCUGUAGAGCCAAUGGCACCGUGUACGGCUGCAGCUGUGACCAGGGGUUCGCUGGAGAGAACUGUGAGAUCGACAUUGACGAUUGCAUCUCCAGCCCCUGUGAGAACGGUGGCACCUGCAUCGACGAGGUCAACGCCUUCAUCUGCCUUUGCCUCCCCAGCUAUGGGGGAAGCCUCUGCGAGAAAGAUACAGAGGGCUGUGACCACGGCUGGCACAAGUUUCUGGGCCACUGCUACCGCUACUUUGCGCACCGGCGGGCGUGGGAGGACGCCGAGAGGGACUGCCGCCGCCGAGCCGGCCACCUAACCAGCAUCCACUCACCAGAAGAACACAACUUCAUUAACAGUUUUGGGCGUGAAAACACAUGGAUCGGCUUGAAUGACAGGAUCGUGGAAAGGGAUUUCCAGUGGACGGACAACACAGGGCUGCAAUUUGAGAACUGGCGGGAAAAUCAGCCGGACAAUUUCUUCGCGGGUGGGGAGGACUGCGUGGUGAUGGUUGCACACGAGAGCGGGCGCUGGAACGACGUUCCCUGCAACUACAACCUUCCCUAUGUCUGUAAGAAGGGCACAGUGCUGUGUGGUCCCCCUCCAGCAGUGGAGAACGCCUCGCCCAUUGGCGCCCGCAAAGCCAAGUAUAACGUCCAUGCCACAGUGCGCUACCAGUGCGACGAAGGAUUUGCCCAGCACCAUGUGGCCGUCAUCCGGUGCCGGAGCAAUGGCAAGUGGGACCGGCCCCAAAUCGUCUGCACCAAACCCAGACGGUCCCAUAGGAUGCGGCGACACCACCAUCACCACCAGCAUCACCACCAGCAUCGCCACCACAAAUCUCGCAAGGAGCGCAGAAAACACAAGAAGCACCCAGCAGAGGACUGGGAGAAGGAAGAAGGGAAUUUCUGUUGA